AUGGCGGAAGAAAUAAAGAGGCGAAGAGGGAUAGAGAGGGAGAAGACGCGGAGAAGGAGAGGAGAGGAGGGAAACCUGGGGAAAGAAGAAAGUGACAACGAAGGAGAAAGCUACAGAACAGACCAGUAUCACCGCAACGUGUGCGACGGACAGACGGCAAAAGCAAGGGAUCGAAGGCGGCAGAACAGACCGGUGUCGCCGCAACAUGUGCGACGGACAGGUGGCAAGACCGAGAGAUCGAUGGAAGGGAUCGAAGAUACCACAGAAGAAAAAGAAAAGAAAGAUGGACGGAAAGACGAAAGUCAGAGGAACGGUAGAGAUUGA